AUGAAUCCCAUGACACAGUUGUACUACAAAAAGGCGACGUAUUCGCCGUACAGGGACAGGAUUCCUCUGCAGAUCGUCAGGGCUGAAGUGGAGCUGUCUGCAGAGGAGAAAGCCUACCUCACUGCAGUGGAGAAAGGAGACUAUGCAGGGGUCAAACACGCCCUCCGCGAGGCCGAGGUCUACUACAACAUGGACGUGAACUGCCUGGACCCUUUAGGCCGCAGCGCGCUCCUCAUCGCCAUCGAGAACGAGAACCUGGAGAUCAUGGAGCUGCUGCUGGACCACGGCAUCUACACGGGCGACGCUCUGCUCUACGCCAUCAGGAAGGAGGUGGUGGGCGCCGUCGAGCUGCUGCUGUCCCACCGGAGGCCCAGCGGCGAGAAGCAGAUGCCCUCCCUGAUGAUGGACAGUCAGUUCUCAGAGUUCACUCCCGACAUCACUCCCAUCAUGCUCGCCGCUCACACCAACAACUACGAGAUCAUCAAACUCCUCGUGCAGAGAAAGGUGACCAUCCCCAGACCGCACCAGAUCCGCUGUGACUGUGUGGAGUGUGUGUCCAGCUCAGAGGUGGACAGUCUGCGUCACUCCAGAUCGCGCCUGAACAUUUACAAAGCUCUGGCGUCUCCGUCUCUCAUCGCUCUGUCCAGUGAAGACCCCAUCCUCACGGCCUUCAGACUGGGCUGGGAGCUCAAAGAACUCAGCAAGGUGGAGAAUGAGUUCCGUCAGGAGUACGAGGAGCUGUCACAGCAGUGUAAACGUUUUGCCAAAGACCUCCUGGAUCAGGCCCGCAGCUCCAGAGAGCUGGAGACCAUCCUCAAUCACCGUGACAACGACCAGAGCGAAGAGCUGGACCCACGCCAAUGCCACGACCUCGCCAAACUCAAACUCGCCAUCAAGUACCACCAGAAGGAGUUCGUUGCUCAGCCCAACUGCCAGCAGCUCUUGGCCACGCUCUGGUACGACGGUUUCCCCGGGUGGAGGCGGAGACACUGGGCGGUGAAGCUGGUGACGUGCUUCAUCAUCGGGCUCCUCUUCCCCGUCUUCUCCCUGAUCUACCUUCUCGCUCCUAAGAGCGCUCUGGGUCGUUUCAUAAAGAAGCCGUUCAUAAAGUUCAUCUGUCACACGGCGUCGUAUCUCACCUUCCUGUUCCUGCUGCUGUUGGCGUCUCAGCACAUCGCCCGCACCAACCUCCACAUGCAGGGACCUCCACCCACCAUCGUGGAGUGGAUGAUCCUCCCCUGGGUCCUGGGUUUUAUUUGGGCGGAGAUUAAAGAAAUGUGGGACGGAGGCUUCACCGAGUACAUCCACGACUGGUGGAACCUCAUGGACUUCGCCAUGAACUCUCUGUAUCUGGCAACGAUCUCGCUCAAAAUCGUGGCUUACGUCAAGUACAACUCGUCGCGCCCCCGUGAGGAGUGGGAGAUGUGGCACCCGACGCUGAUCGCGGAGGCUCUGUUUGCUAUCGCUAACAUCUUUAGCUCGUUGCGUCUGAUCUCGUUGUUCACGGCGAACUCUCACCUGGGCCCUCUGCAGAUCUCACUGGGCCGGAUGGUCCUGGACAUCCUCAAGUUCCUCUUCAUCUACUGUUUGGUGCUGUUGGCGUUUGCGAACGGCCUGAACCAACUGUACUUUUACUACGAGACGACGGCGGCCGAAGAACCGAACAACUGUAAAGGAAUCCGGUGCGAGCGGCAGAACAACGCCUUCUCCACGCUGUUCGAGACGCUCCAGUCCCUGUUCUGGUCGAUCUUCGGUCUGUUGAAUCUGUACGUCACAAACGUCAGAGCGAGACACGAGUUCACCGAGUUCGUCGGCGCCACCAUGUUUGGAACGUACAACAUCAUCUCCCUCGUGGUGCUGCUCAACAUGCUAAUCGCCAUGAUGAACAACUCCUACCAGCUCAUCGCGGACCACGCAGACAUCGAGUGGAAGUUCGCUCGUACGAAGUUGUGGAUGAGUUACUUUGACGAAGGCGGGACGCUGCCUCCGCCCUUUAACAUCGUGCCCAGUCCAAAGUCCGUGUGGUACUUGCUCAUGUGGCUGCACGCGCGGCUCUGCGUGCGAGGACAGACCCCCGGAGACGACCCCCACAAGUGCGAGAACCUGCGGGAGUUCACGGAGCGACACGCAGACAGCCUGAUCCAAAACCAGCAUUAUCAGGAAGUGAUCCGUAGCCUGGUGAAGAGGUACGUGGCGGCGAUGAUCCGGAGCGCCAAGACGGACGAGGGGCUCACCGAGGAGAACUUUAAGGAGCUGAAGCAGGACAUCUCCAGUUUCCGCUACGAAGUCUUGGACCUUCUGGGAAACCGGCGACCUCCGCGAAGGAACUACUCUUCUUCCAGCGAGACGGCGAGAGAAGAUGGCAACACCGCAUCGGAAGACGACAGCGAAUCCGGCGACGUUGGAGGAGGAGGAACUGGAGAAAAAUCCCAAAAACCGUCCAAAGGCGUUAGCUUCAUGGUUCCGCUGGAGGAAGACUCAGGAGCAGGAUCUAAUUUGGGCGUUUCUGCGUUGGUGCGAUCGAUUUCCGGGAUGCCUUCUUCGGAGAAAGCAGGCGGGCCGGAUGAGGGGCUGGGAUGGGGUUUGGAAGAGGAAGACGAGGACGGAAAACCGAAAAGCAACGGGUUGAAAACAAACGUACUGUCCACGACGUCGGCCACCAUGCUAGCGUCGACUUCGUUCACGUCGUCCCUGGCCAGAGCGCGAAGCCGGCUGCAGCAGAUGUCGACCACGGGCGGGAAAACGGACUCCUUCAAGCGAUUGUCCUACCUGUUCUCCAGAUCGAAACGCAAAGCUCCGCCCGUCCCGUUACCUCUGCAAACCUCCCCGAGCUUCACGAUUUCCGACGGGCUGCUGCGACCGCUGGGGAGCCACGGACACGCCGAUUUCGGUCACGUGACGAGAAGCGAGCCGCACCUGCACGAAGUCGGCCGAUCCGUGGACAGCAUCGGCGCCGCGUUUUCCCCCUCGCGCCGCACGAACGGACGCGAUUCCCUGCUCGCCGCCCUGCCCCGCCCCCCGCCCUGCCCCUGCCAAUCGCUGCACUGCGCUUCCAACAUGUCCGAAUCCAGCGCGCGGCUCUUGGAUUCCAGCGAGGACGUUUUCCAGGGCGGCGGAGGCGGGAUGGGGAUGGAAGGGGUGGCGGGGUUGUCGGCGGCGGAGCAAAUUUCAGGAAGCGGGCGGGGAUCGUUAAUGGGCGGGUGGGUGGGGCCUUGUGAUGAUGUCAUGGAGGACAGCUGCGAGGUCAUAGAGGAAUCCGUGACGACGCAGCUAUAG